AGAGUUCUCGGUUUCUCCUUUCCUGGUUUUCUCUGCUCUGUCCUUUUCCUUGCCAAAAGAAAAGAGGAGAGAGAGAGAGAGAGAGCCGGGGUGUGGUGGGUCUUGUCUCUCUGUGAUUAAUGCUUGCUUCUUUCGAUUUCUCUUCCUUUUCUGGAUCGAAAUGGAGCGGUACGAGAUGUUGAGGGAAAUCGGGUCCGGUAAUUUUGGGGUGGCCAAGCUGGUAAGAGAUGUUUCGACCAAGGAACUCUAUGCCGUGAAGCUUAUAGAGAGAGGGCAAAAGAUUGAUGAGCAUGUUCAGAGGGAGAUCAUGAAUCACAGAUCAUUGAGGCAUCCAAAUAUUGUUAGAUUCAAGGAGGUCUUGCUAACACCUACACAUCUAGCCAUACUUAUGGAAUAUGCUGCUGGUGGCGAGCUUUUUGUGAGGAUAUGCAAUGCAGGAAGAUUUAGCGAGGAUGAGGCAAGGUUUUUCUUUCAACAACUGAUAUCAGGAGUCAGCUAUUGCCAUUCCAUGCAAAUAUGUCAUCGAGAUCUUAAGCUGGAAAAUACUCUCUUGGACGGUAGCCCAGCACCCCGCCUUAAGAUAUGUGAUUUUGGUUACUCGAAGUCUUCAGUGCUGCAUUCCCAACCAAAGUCCACUGUUGGCACACCAGCUUACAUUGCUCCAGAGGUUCUUACAAGAAAGGAAUACGAUGGAAAGAUUGCAGAUGUUUGGUCUUGUGGAGUAACAUUAUAUGUAAUGCUGGUAGGGGCUUAUCCCUUCGAGGACCCAGAUGAUCCGAGGAAUUUUCGGAAGACGAUUGGGCGGAUACUUGGCGUCCAGUACUCCAUUCCAGAUUAUGUACGAGUAUCGAAGGAAUGUAGACAUCUUUUGUCUCGGAUAUUUGUAGCUAAUCCUGAACAGAGGAUUACCAUUCCAGAAAUAAAAAACCACCCUUGGUUUCUAAAGAGCCUGCCGAUCGAGCUAACUGAUGAGUAUCAGAACAGACUGCAGAGUUCCGACGUGAACGCCCCGUCCCAAAGCAUUGAAGAAAUCACGGCCAUCAUACAAGAGGCACGGAAGCCUGCCGAGGGUCCAAAACUUGGUGGUGGGCACUUUGUUGGUGGCAGCAGCGUGGACCUAGAUGACAUGGAUGCAGAUGUGGACCUUGAUGACAUUGAGACAAGUGGGGAUUUUGUUUGUGCUCUUUAAAUGUUAGGAAUACAUGAUCUGGCUUCUAGCAUUUGGUUAUGUGAAUUCCUUCAUCUUUUGUUGAAAGAAAGCAAGAUUUUUAGCUCCAUGAGGUGCAAUUCCCAUUUGUCAUGUGUGGAGAUCUGCUAUUGUGUAAAUGAACGAAGUAAUGCUCGUGAUGUGAAAUACACCAAAUUUGACAAAUACAGAAGAUUUGGCAAACCUUAUUGUAAAUUGCAAGACUAAAAGAUAUGGUAUCAAUGUAUUUUGGUAUCA